AUGAGCAAUGGCUCACUUGCAGAUGUGCUCUUCACCCGUGAAAGGCAAAGUGUAACGAGAAUAAAUUUCAGGCACAUUUACAUAACACAUAAGUGGAUAUGGAUUGGCGCUGCUCUAUUGGUAAUGGUGCUUUGCAUCUUGAGGAGGAAACUAUUUUCAGGGGAGAUCAACCUGAUGGUUGAUAGAUCCACUGGCGAUGUCAAUGGGCUUCAAAAUGAUGGAAAGAUGGGAAAUAAUUUGACAGUGUUUAGCUACGCAUCUGUCGUGGCUGCCACAACUAACUUCUCUGAAGAAAACAAGCUCGGACAGGGGGGCUUUGGACCUGUUUAUAAGGGCAAGGAACUUUGGAGUUUAAGAAUGAAUUGA